AUGAAUUUCCCGCUCAAUCUUCCAUCUGAUAAUCGGUUCGCCAAUGGCCUCGGAGGUGUCUCCGAGAAACUUAAGGCCAGUAUGAAAAGCUGUGAGGCGGGCGAGCAGCAUUUCUCCCUCAAGAACGUUUCGAAAACACCGUCCGCCAAUCCUUUUACUUUUGACUCGGACGUUUGCAUCACUUGUCUUUUUUGCCAUGUUACUAAUCAUUCGACCCAGCUUCUCGCACGAGACUCCGCCAUACUGUCCCGUCUUCCCUUCCUGUUCAACAUGCCAUCCGUCCCACCAACCCUCCUGCAUUGGCAGCUCGUCGUUGGUCCAAGUAGCUUCACCACCACGGAGUCCAGAAACUCUCUUAGCCUACGUAAUCUGUCCAUCUUCCUGCACACCACUUCUCUGUCUGUCUUCCACUCGGUCGCACACACCCACACACUCCGUCUCUCCGUGUGUGUGUCUUUUUCUCAUACACACAUACAUAGUAUGCAUGCAACCACCGCCACUCUCGGCCGAGUAAAACAAAAUCGGAGGGGAAAACAGAGGAGAUGUCGUCUUCUCCUCCAUUCGUGCUACAGUUCGUCGGCACCCUCUCGUCUGUUCUCACAGUUUCGGCACCAGUUCAUCGGUGAUGAAAGUUCCCUCGCGAGCAAUUGGAUUAUCAUAGCAUCUUCAUUGGCCAGAUUUUGA